CUGCCUUUCGUCGUUGUGUUGUCAUCAAAUUUUAGUCUACUACGUAAAGUAGCCGCUGUGAGUAACGAACGCGCUCUGGCUUUUAACCAAAUAAGAAAAAAAUCUAUAUAAUAAAUAAAUAAAAUAAAACCUAUAAUACAUACUAUCAUCAUCAUAAUAACAAAGCAAAAACAAAAUAAUAAUAGAAUCCACCAUCUACGAAAAAUAGCGCGCCAAUUAAAUAACAAAAUACCGACAAAUAGAAAAAUAAACAACUGAUUAUUUCAAAAUUUGUUUUUAAAGAAAAAAAUAUUUAACGAAAUUUUAAACAACAUUCAAACUGGAUAAAUUAAAACAUUACGUCAUUAUUUGGACCUCGACAGUAGGAACAAAACCACCGCUGUUAAGAAAAUCUAGACAAAAUCACCACCGAUUACGUCCCCGUUCAAUUAAAUUCGAGCCAGUUUAAUUUAAAGUGUAGUUCGCUGUUUGGUGUAGGCUCGCGUGUAAACACGCAAUUAAUUACAGCCUUAAAUCAAAUAUCAGCUUAAAUAACAAAAACACACUCUGGCAGAAACACGUUGAUCCACAGAGAAAAAAAUUAGAAACACUUGGAUCGCUGAAAGACACGAGGAAGAGUUGUUGGUUGGUAGUCUAACUGAAACUGAAGUGUUGUCUCUAACAGCUAGAAAAUAUCCAAACUGAAGCAAUUGUCGGAAGACGUGACGGUGCUGUUGAAGAUCGAAAAAAUGGACAGCAUCGUAGAGGAGAAUGGCAACUCCUCAAAUAAUAUUGAUGAUACAAACACAUCGGGAGCUGGUGGCGGAGGAGUAGGCCAUAAUUUAACUAUAACAGCGUCACAACAAAAUCCCCAGCAGCAUCCAUCCCAACAACAGCAACAACCUGCAGCGGUACAAUCGACACAACAACAAAUAAAUUUAACAAAUUCAAAUAGCCAAAAUAUAGCGCCUCCACCACAAAACCAGGUUCCCGUACCAGCCUCAGUGGCUGCUGCUGUAGCCGCUGGUACCGUUUUAACCACCACCUCAAAUGUUGUACAAUAUUUAUCCAAUAAUCCACAUGGUCUGCCGGUGCAAUCCGUCAUACAAGCAGCCAAUCAAUCUUCGGUUAUACAAACUGCUGCCGGUAAUAAUACACAGACACCUGUUGCCAUACCCAAGGGUGUUUUAUUUGUUAAUAAACCAAAUACUACUGUUAUACACACAACAUCAGGCAAUGCUGUCCAACUUCCUCCACAUUUUCAAUGCAAGAUAAAACCAGAACCGAACACACACCACCUCGACACAAACAGUGAAGAUAGUUUUACUGAUGAGGAUUCUCCACGCGGCCGAAGAGAACUUACACGAAGACCUUCGUACAAUAAAAUCUACUCGGAAAUAAGUGGUCCCGAUAUAACAGCUGGAACGAAUAUGCAAAUGUCAGAAAGUGUUGGUUUACCCGCCUUGGCACCUAAUUCGGCAGGACCUACAGCUGGUUCCCUAAUACAUUUACCGCCAGAGAACACGUCAGCAUUUUAUUUACCCAAUAGAAUGCCAUACAAUCCUAACAACAAUGUCAUUGCCGAGGAUCAGACGAGAAAACGUGAAAUACGCCUGCAGAAGAAUCGGGAAGCGGCCCGCGAGUGUCGUCGGAAAAAGAAGGAAUACAUCAAGUGCCUGGAGAAUCGUGUGGCGGUGCUGGAAAACCAAAAUAAAGCUCUGAUCGAAGAGUUGAAAUCGCUCAAAGAGCUCUAUUGUCAAACCAAAAAUGAUUGAGAAAAACCUCCCAGUCUAGAACACGAAACCAUUGUUAAAGUUAUUGAAGAAGACGAAGCUCAUGUAGGCGGAACAAAUGCAGAGGAGGAGCAGGAACUAGAACAAAAUAUCGAAUUAAUUGUUAAUAAAAAUGUGGAGAUGAAGCAGCAACUGAUGGUUGUCGAAAAUGCUGUUGCGCAGCAGCAGUACGAACAAGAAGAGGAAGAGCUGUUGGUUAUUAAACCCAGUACUUCGUCAGCAGCCACAUCUUCUGUUAUAACUUUAGGCAAUGGUCGUUUUCUAGAUAUCACAAAGUCAUUGCUUUUACGCAAAGCCCUGGUGGAGGAUCAAAAGCAAGAAGUUGUAGUUGUCUGUACAACAUCAACUCCUACCGCCUCUUGCAUACGACCCACUACCUCGGCUGGAAACGAUUGUGAACCUGAUUAGAAGUUUAAUUAACUCAUUGUCAAACAAAAAAGCAAAAAACCUAAAAGCUACACAAGAAAUCUACACAAAUAAAUCAAAUAAUAAUAAUAAUACUUUAAAAUAAUUUAUUUAAAAUAAAAUUAAAGAAAAUUGUACAUAUAUAAAACAUAAAAAAGUCAAGUUUAAACUUAAAAGAAAUAAAAUAAAGCAGCUAAAGCUUCAUAGAAAAAGAGCAAACCAAUUUAAUGUUGCAUUCUUUUAAAAUAAUUAAAUAUUAAAAAUAAUAUUUCAGAAGGUAUUGCUGCAUUUUUAUGAAGUUUUUGCUGCUCUUCUUAAUGUUGCAUGUUGAGUUUAAUGUGUCCUUUACCUUAAAGAUCGCAUUACACUCUUAAUUGCUUGAAUUUUAAGAUUUAUUCAACUUAAAUGUUGUCUAUCUAUAUUUUCUCUAUACUCUAUACUUUUUUGUAUAUUUUUUGUUAUUAAAAUUACGAAAAAGAUGAUGAAAUGUUUAUUGUUAUAAAGAAAAACAACAAGAGUAUAAUUUAUUUUUAGGCUCAAAACUAAAUUUUUAUUAUAAAAACUUUUUGUUUUCCAAAAAGUUUAAAAAGUGUAAAAGUAAAAGAAAAAAUUUUUAAUAUAGAAAAUUUUUUAUUUUAAGUUUUUAUGUUACGAAAAUGAAAUGUACUGUAAUUAACUUUAAAAAAAAGCAAAACAUAAUAUGUAUUUUGUAAAUUUUUCUAAAGAAAAUCUAUUGUUUUUUUAUAUAAAUUUCUAGAUUAUACAAAAAAAAUAAAACUAAAACAAAUUAAGGCAAUUUUAAAUUAAAAUAAAUAUUCUCCAAAAAUAAGUUGCAGGAGAAGAAGGGAGAAUUAUUCAAAUGCUAGUAACAUUUUUCAAAAAAAAAAAAAA